UUGGAUCAGAGAUUUAUAUUUAAAUGUAAUGUAGCAUGAUAUUGGAACUGAAGCACAUCGACCAAAUGAAAGAUUCUCAAAAACUUAACCAUGUUUAUACGAAGCGUGUCUCACCUUCUUCAGAUCAUGGAAUCCAUGGUAUAUAUGUCUUUCCAAUAGGGAGCAAGUUCCCGUGUUUGUUUCGAGAGGCGGGAGUAUACACAUUUUCAUUUUCUCUUACUGAUUCAAGUUGUAAGCCAUUUGUCAAGAGAGUUAAAGUCAAGGCAUCUUCUGAGAUAGGGAAGUGGGCACUUUUAAAUGAUGAGCAGAGCCAACCUUUUAGUGUGAGUGUUGGUUCAACUUUGAGUCCUCUCUCAAUUGCAUGUUAUGACAUCUAUGACAAUAGAGCUCCUUUUCCAUCUAAUCCUGAAGUUGUUGUCAAGCUCGAAGCAGAUGAGGACUCAAUUUUUCAUGUUGAAAAAUUUAAGAGUAACCUUUCCACUUCAAAUAUUUUCCUAAAAAUUGAGGGCUUACUGAUUGAAAGCAAUGACUUGGACAAGAUCAGACCUGGUUACAAAGCCACUCUAGUCAUAUCUAACUCAGAUGGGAAAUUCUCUAUUUCCAUUCCUUGCCAUGUAACUCCAGGUUGUUUGAACCAUGUUAAAGCCCAACAAACAAUUUUGGCCGACCAACUUCUGCCAGGUUGCAUUGUUAAAGAGCUCGAAUUAGAGGUGGACCAUCAUGGACGUGUUGACCUUAGUGGCCUCUUGAAAGUAACAGCUGGUUAUGGAGAGAAUGUAUCGCUCUCUGUAUCAUCAGGCAAUAAAGUCUUUUUUAAACAAGAAUUUCAGAUUGAGAAAAGAGAACUGAGAAUCGCAUCGAAGGUACCCGAGAUUCUUACUGCUGGUUCCAAACUAGCAAAUAUCAUUUUUGAAACUGUCAACUGUGAGGGUAUUGUGGAUGAUACUAUCCACGAUGAAGAGAAAAUUGGUCUGUCACAUAUGCUAACAAUAAAGGCUGAUUGGCUUAAUUUGGGAGAGUCUGUCCGGUAUACUUUCAAGCAUGGGCGCUGCAUUGUUCCUGCUAUUCCUUUAUCUAAAAUUGCAGGAAACUAUAGCUUCUUAGCUAUCCAUUCUCGCCAUUCAAACCUUAGUCUGAACAUUGAGGUUCAUGUCAAACCUGCUAUACCAAAUCCAAAAGUGGAGCAUGAUGGAAAAAACUUCUCCACGGUCAUUGAAAAUAAUAAAAAGGUCUUUGAAGAGGACCUGUUAAAAAUUGGCUCUUUGAAAUAUAUGAGUACUGCCCUGUUUUUGUUUCUCAGGUUAAACUUGUAAAAUGUCUUGUACAGAACAUUGUGGUUGAUAUUUCGUUCAAUCGAUUGGGAGGGCUUUGUACACUAUGCUUUCUUGAGCAGGUCGAUUGCCUCAUUAGCAAAGAUCAUCUUUUCAAAUGGAGUAUUAUACUAAUUAAGGCUUGGUGCUAUUAUGAAAGCCGUAUUCUUGGUGCUCAUCAUGGUUUGAUUUCUACAUAUGUUUUGGAGACAUUGGUCCUAUAUAUCUUCCAUCUCUUCAACUCUUCCUUGAAUGGUCCUUUAGCAGGUGUUACAACCACUGGGGGAUGUAGAUAUAGACAAGCUAUCCCAGUAGGUAUUGGAGGUCGUCUGGAUGUUUAUACAAAUUUUUGGCAUUAGAAAAGCUUUUCUUCCUCAGGUGGAAACUAGCUUAAGUCUUAUGGUCUUAAUAAUAAAAGGACUUUUUUUUUACAAUAUGCAGGUAUAUUGAUAUGAUUUCUUUGGAGCAAUUCUUGAAAACAUUUGUAGUUGAGGCCUUUAGAAUGGAAGAAUGUAUUUCACUGAUUUUUGUAUACAUUUCUUGUUUUGUAUUUAGUGAUAAAGGAAUCUGAAUUGGGCAUAAAUUAUGUUGUAAUAUGAUUUCUUAAGCCUAGACUAGUAGAUUAAAUAUUGUAAUUACAUUUGAGUAAUUAAUAAAAAUCUAUUUAUGUUA